AGACAGGCAGGUUCCCACCCUGCAUGUGUACUGCACAAUCCCAGCCCUGCUGGAGAGAGAGCAUUAAGGCUCCCUUUAUCUGAUCACUGUACCCCAUGGAUUGCAUUAUGAUUUUCCUUUUUGGACUCUGUUUUUGGUUCUCCUUCUCUAUGGGGGAUUAUGGAUUUAACACUCAGAACGACUUUACAGAGUUUACUAUGACAAAUGGCAUUAAAGGCAAAGUGAGAUCUCGAUCUCCAAGACAAACAUCUCCUUUCCCGAGAAGAGAAACCAAACCUCAUGUUGUUGAAUUCAGUGUGAAAUCUACGAUUAUAUCUCGCUACGCAUUUACUGCUGUUUCCUGCACCAUGGUGAAUCGGGCAGUUGAAGCAAAAGAUACCAUAUUCCAGAUGCAGAUUCCAGCUGCUGCAUUCGUCUCUAACUUCACAAUGAUAACUGGAAGCAGAACAUAUCAUAGUCAUGUUACGUGGAAGAAAGAAAAUAAUGGUGAAAGAAAUAUUUCAAGCAUUUUUGGAAAUGGAGAAAAUGGAGAGACUGGAAUGGAAACCUUUAAAGCAUCUGCAACCAUCCCAGGGCGGAACAAAGCAGUUUUUUUGUUGAUGUACGAAGAACUCCUGCAGAGACGCCUUGGACUGUAUGAAAAUGUUAUCAGUGUCCGCCCCCAGCAGUUAGUGGGUCGACUUUUGGUAGAAGUAAACAUAUUUGAGAAUUCUGGCAUAACCUCCUUAGAGGUUCUUCCUUUUCAAAACACCAAGCAGAACACUAAAAAUGUUGAUAUGAUCUCCCCACCUCCCUCAACAAUGAUCAACCAAACAGAGAAAUUUGCAAACAUAUCAUUUAAUCCAUCAGUUAUUAUCCAAGCAAAGAUUGCUCAGAAAGGCAGUUUUGGUGAUUUUGUUGUUCGCUAUGAUGUCAAAAGAGAGCUCAGCAUUGGCGAUAUCCAGGUAUUAAAUGGAUACUUUGUGCAUUACUUUGCACCAACAGAUUUGCCUCCUCUUCCCAAAAAUGUGGUGUUUGUGAUUGAUAGCAGUGCAUCCAUGGUGGGCACCAAAAUUAAACAGACCAAAGAAGCCAUGUUCACAAUUCUUCAAGAUCUCAGGCCGGAUGAUUAUUUCAACAUCAUUGGUUUUUCCAGUCGAAUUAAAGUUUGGCAACCAGAUAGCAUGGUGAAAGUCACUCCCAACAAUAUCCGAGAUGCUAAGAAGUUUAUUCAUCUCUUGAUUCCUACAGGAGGUACGGAUGUCAAUGGAGGUAUCCAGACAGGCGCAAACCUCCUCAACAAGUAUCUUUCUAAAAAUGGCUGGCAUGAGAAGAGUGUAUCAUUGAUUAUUUUUUUGACCGAUGGGAGGCCAACUAUAGGUGAAAUUCAAUCUGCAAACAUCCUUGGGAACACCAAGAAUGCCAUCAAGGAGAGGUUUUGCAUGUUCUGUAUUGGGAUAGGCAAUGAUGUUGAUUAUAAUUUGCUAGAGAAAAUGUCUCUGGAAAACUGUGGCAUGGUGCGCAGAAUCAAGGAAGAUGAAGAUGCUGCAGCACAGCUCAAAGGGUUUUAUGAUGAAAUUGGAACACCACUGUUAUCUGAUAUUCGUAUUUCAUACCCACCAGACAGUGUGCAGUAUGUCACCCAAAACAUCUUCUUCAACUAUUUCAACGGGUCAGAAAUAAUAGUGGCAGGGAAACUGGUUAAUCAGUCUUCUGACACACUGCAUGUUGAGAUCAAAGCAAGCAACAACAAUAAAUAUGUUGUUCUAGAAGCAGAUGUAAAGAUAGAUGGCACAGGACAAAAUGAAAUUACGGGAUCUGAAGUGCUUGCGGAAAAUCCAGAAUACAGAAACCAUGUAGAGAGAUUGUGGGGUUAUCUGACCUUCAAAGAACUCCUCACAUCAUGGCAUAAGACUGACAGUAUCAGGAAAAAAGAAGAAAUAAUGAACAAAGCCAGGAAGCUGGCUCUAGUAUACAACUUUGUGACUCCUUUCACACUGCUGGAAGUGAAGGACUUGGAAUUUCAAGCAGAUCUUCCAAAAGAAGAGGCAACCAGCUUCUCGACAGAAGGAAUUGGGCAGAAAUUACUCAACCUACAAGGGAAAAAAGCGUCAAAUGAUCCUCCCUCUGAUAAACCAGGAAAACAAAGGACAUCUGUCUCCAAAACAUCAGCGGAUGGAGACCCACAUUUUGUUGUUGAUUUUCCUCUGAGUAAAUUGACUGUUUGUUUUAACAUUGAUGGUGAACCCGGGGACAUCCUGAGGCUGGUGUCCGAUCACAAAUACUCUGGUGUAACAGUAAAUGGACAGUUAAUUGGAGCACCUGCACCUCCAAAUGGACAUAAAAAACAAAGGACAUAUUUUAGCAAAAUCACCAUCAUCAUUAGCAAACCAAAGCGAUCUUACAUUGAAAUCACCCCUGCCAAGGUUAUUCUUGAUAGCAAAGACAGACUGAUCCUCUCAUGUGACAAGACGGCAACAGUGAAAAGUGAGGAACUUAUGGUCUCUGUUACUUCUAAAUCCAAUGUCACUGUCACCAUCCAAGGUACCAUCAGCUUUGUAAUACUGGUCCAUCACUACAAGAAUCCAGCACCGUUCCAAAGAAAUCACCUGGGAUUCUACAUUUCCAAAAGCAAAGGAUUAUCUUCUAAUUCUCAUGGGCUCUUAGGUCAGUUCCUGUACAAUGAAGUGAAGAUUACAAAAGUGGAUGUCAAUUCUAGCUUAAAAAUGAUUAACCAAACCUCUUCGAGCAAAUCAGCUCUGGAUCACAGUGUCAACAUGUUGACAGUGAGAAAUCGCAUGGUGCCUGUAAUCCGAAAGCAGAGAAAAUUGUAUAACGGCCUUCACCAGGUGGACUGUUGGUUUGCCAAGCAUAAUGCUGCCAAACUGAUUGAUGGAACUUACCAAGACUAUCUGGUAUCUCAUCCCUUUGACUGUGGAAAUGAUUUGAUAAUGAAUGAAGUGUAAUUGAAAGUCACAAGAAUACAGACAAUGUUACACUACAUUCCACUUUGUAUGUGCUGAAGGAUGAUGAAUGGAACACUGGACAUGGAGAAGUUCUCGGCAAGCACAGCAGAUUGUAUUUUUGUAUUCUACUCAUUUUUAUGCAGUGCAAUAUACUUAAAGCAUUUUUAAAAACAUAAAACGACUACAUAACUGACACUAACUCUUGGAAAUGUAAUUAUGACCUCUUGCGAUCAGUAGUUUUGAUAAAAAGUAAACCAAAUAUGCUUUGGCCAAAAGCAGAUUGUUUUUUAAUACCAUCAAGUGGAGGCAAACAAGCAUUAAUGCGGCUUUGCAAGUGUUUAUAUUUAACCCAUCCUGUUCAGAAAAACACACAGCUUCUGGAUUAGGUCUUAUAUAACAUCAUCGGUCCCUUCUUCCCCAGGCAUAUUUUGAUAUAGCACUGUCUGGGCAGUAGAUAACAAUGGUCCAUGUACUAUCAGUACAAGUUGUCUCAUUCAAGGAUUGUAAAUAAUGCCUUUAAUCUUUUGUAUAGUAUUGCUGCAGAAAUUCAGAUAACCAUCCCAUUAUCAUGUAUUUUAAAAUGCCCUGUUGUACUACACAAACGUACCUCUCAAAUGUUCCUAUUUAGAAGGGACUGUCCCUGUUUUGGACUUAAAUCCCCCUGGCCUUCUUUUCUAUCCUAAUGUCCCUCUUUUCUAGGAGCUCCAGAAAUCGUAUUUCUGAGUGUAUAACAGAAUUGCACAGCAAUAAUAGUCACAUUAACAUGCCUUUAAACCACAAUAAAUGUGUUUAGAAAUCA